GGUUACCGAGACUGUUGGUAAUCACUUUGGAGUCAGGGGGGCCAAAUAAGACAACUUCAGACUUGCCUUCAUUCAGCUGUCGGAGUAAUUUAAAUGGGUGGUUGAUAGUCGGUUUAGAAGGAAGGCUCUGUUGCCAUGUUCUACCUCUCUCUGAUUUUGCCUUUGGGCACUUCCAAAGUAAUCCCGUAAUCAUAAACCAGGGCAAUUAAAAUGCAGUAGUCUUCACACUACUGAUCUUGUGAAUAAAACAUGCACUUUACGUGCUGAACAAAAGCCGCAGCCGUUUACUUCCAAUACGAACAAGGGAAAAGCUGCAGGUGCUGGAAAUCCAAGCAACGCGCACAAAGUGCUGGAGGAACUCGGCAGGCCAGACAGCAUCUAUGGAAAAGGCAUCUAGAUACACAAGGGCCGGCGUGGAACCGAGGAACCUUGAAGCUGACAGCUAGUUCCAUGACCUGUCGUAAACUCCGUUGCAGCAAAGAUGAACAUAAACUUAAAAUACUGGAAGGAAUCAGCGACUGUGAUCCUGGCUGCAGGUAUCCGAAUGCACAAUUUGAGUAAAAGUGCUACAAAUAUGCAAACCUAUCAACAAUCACAAGGAAGGAAUCUACCUCACAAAUGCUUGGAGAAGACGGGAUAUAAUUAUACCUUGCUUAUGUUACAACGGAAUACGAGGAGCAAUUUUUUCCCCAGUGCUUAUGUGUUUCCAGGAGGUAGGAUAAGCUCAAGUGAUUUUUCCAAUGAAUGGAUCCAGUUGUUCCAUCCUUUUUGCCAGUCACCCAGCUUUAAGCUGGACACAGUCAAACAAACUGCUAGGAGGUCUCCAAUCUUUGCCACAGACAGGAAAAAGCUAGGAUCUCAAAUACCUGGAGAGGUAGCUUUCCGUAUUUGUGCCAUUAGGGAAACUUUUGAAGAGACGGGGGUACUCCUUGUGAAGCCAAAUCACCCUGAUAAAGACUUGAACAACUGUGGGAUCAUACAGCUUCCACAAUAUAGCCAAAAUAAACUUGCAAGUUGGAGGCCUCUUGUGCAGGAAAAUGCAGCAAAUUUUAUAAAACUAUGCAAAGAGUUGGACUGUUUACCAAAUAUUUGGGCAUUGAAGGAAUGGAGUAAUUGGUUGACUCCCACUUUUCAGAAAAGGAGAUUUGAUACUGCAUUCUUUAUUUGUUGUUUGGAAGAAAUUCCUUUCACUGUACAUGAUGGUCGUGAAAUAAUUUCUCACAGUUGGAUGACCCCUACUGAGGUGAUAGAGCAUCACCAAUCUGAGAAACUCUACGUUCCUCCCCCACAAUGGUAUGAGAUAGGAAGACUUUGCCGAUUUCACUGCCUUCAAGAUUUGCAGAGGUUUAGCCAAGAUCGUUCUGUGGAAGGUUGUGAACGAUGGCUUUCAGUCCGACUAAUGGCAUCUGAUGGUUUUGCCGCCUUGUAUCCUGGGGAUGAACUUCAUCCUGAAAAUCCAGAUUUCACAGGGGAAACAGAAAUAAACCUCACUUCCUCCAAAUCUCUGGAAGAAAUACGGCUAGAGGUUACCAGACUGCACCGGGCAGAAUACCGAAACCCGUAUAACUGUACUCUGUAUGUGAAUAUUGAACCCCGAUAUAAACAUGUGCACCCAUUAACAAUAAACAAUCACCACAAUAGUCUCUGAACUAUCUGACUGGCAAGCUAAAUGAAUGAGCCCAAAAUAAAAUAUCUAUGUCUCUUCAAAACAAU